CGCAGGCAGCGCUCACAGUGCUCACUCACUCCAAUCCCUAGCGCUCAAGCGAGUAGUGCUCCCUCUUCCUCCUACAAUCCCAGUCAAAGAAGUUGCUGGAGCAGCUUAGAAGAGAGAGUCAACAAGAUGUCUAACUACGUUGUAACCUCCGACUCCCGCCGUGUCAGUCCAUCGGUCCACGGGAACAAAUUCGACACAGCGCACCGCAAGAGGGCCGUGCCCAACAUAUUCGAGAAUGUCAACCAGGACGCGCUGAUGAGGCUGUUCCAGAAAACGGGGGACAUGAAAGCGGAGGAGAGGGUGAGGAGCAUCUUCUCCUUCACCCAAGACCCAGCGGAAACGGCCAAAGCCCUGAUGGCGCUCAAGCAGCGAAAGAAGGACAAGUUCCUCCAGAUUGUAGGCAUGGUUCGCCACAUGCUGAAACUGCGUUGAACAUUAUCUCUCGGCUCUGCUGAACGAGUUGAAUUGAAGUGCACUAGAAUGACGCUGUGGUGGUUGUGCAGGUGAUACUGAAAUGUCACCGGGCAAGGAGAAGGAGAAGCAGCGUCCUGGAAUGGAGGAAGCCUAAAUUCAAACCACUGUCUUCGAAGGCAACAAAGUGUGACUAUUGCAUGAAGAUGCCCUCCAUGCGUAAUGCCAACAUGCACUGGUUCGUUUGGAUACAACGUGCUGGAAGAAGAAAGAAGGAGAGAAUGGGAAUACUGGGGGCUGUUGUCCCGAACAAAGAAACAGGGAGGCAUGAUGCUCUCCCUGACUGACUAUGCAUUCUAUUGAAUGCGCGACUCUCAAUGUGCACCUCAUAGGUGCCUAUUUGCUGCUGCAUAAUAACUGUAAUAAGAGACUGGUGCCGAAGAAACUGCCUGAAAAUGCCUGUUCCUGUGAAAACAUAUGCCUUGUCUCUGUAUCAUUUUAACUUUGUGAUACCUGCUAAUAACACGGUUUAAUGGUGGCUACCAAUUUAUUUGUCACAACAUUUUAUAGCAACAUGAUGACAUGCAUUUAUGAAAUGUCCUUUUGCAAUUUCCUUAAUAAAUGAUUAUUGAAAUAUAA